AUGCCUCCGACAGCACAUUCGCUGCGACAUGUGUCGACUCUCGUCGCCCGACAGUCUUGUCCCAAGCUCCGAACGUCAACCCGCUCUUUCACAACCCAGCUGCGACUGGCUGAGGUUCACUCACAUAUCCUUCGAUCGCGGACACCAUUCUGGCAACAGAAGAAGCCUGCUAGACUCACUCGGCACUAUGCUGCUGUACAGGAAGCUCCAAGACCAGAGGCGUACCUUGAGAGCGGUAUCAUUGAGCCUGGCAAGAACUUAGUGGAUGUCAAAAAGGUCCUGGUCAUUGGUAGCGGUGGUUUGAGCAUUGGUCAGGCGGGAGAAUUUGACUACUCUGGUUCCCAAGCACUGAAGGCUCUCAAGGAAGCCGGUGUGGCCUCUGUGCUGAUAAACCCCAAUAUCGCCACGAUCCAAACCGACCACAAGCUUGCCGAUGAAGUUUAUUAUCUUCCCGUCACUCCCGAAUAUGUCACCUACGUUAUCGAGCGAGAAAAGCCGGAUGGCAUUCUACUUACAUUUGGUGGUCAGACAGGCCUCAACCUGGGAGUGAAAAUGAAUCGAAUGGGCACGUUUGAGCGAUAUGGCGUCAAAGUCCUAGGGACUCCCAUCAAGACACUGGAGACUAGCGAGGACAGAGAUCUAUUCGCCAAAGCACUGAAGGAGAUCGACAUUCCUAUUGCAGAGUCUAUUGCUGUUGAAUCCGUCGAUGAAGCUCUCGCGGCCGCAGAACAGGUCGGCUACCCUAUCAUCGUUCGAUCCGCCUACGCUCUUGGUGGUCUCGGCUCGGGAUUUGCGGCCAACCCCGAAGAGCUGAGCAAUUUGUCGUCCCAGUCACUUUCCCUCUCGCCUCAGAUCCUGGUAGAGAAGUCUCUCAAGGGCUGGAAAGAGGUUGAGUAUGAAGUCGUCCGAGAUGCGGACAACAACUGCAUCACGGUUUGCAAUAUGGAGAACUUCGACCCCUUGGGUAUUCACACGGGAGACAGCAUUGUUGUGGCUCCCAGUCAGACCUUGAGUGAUGAAGAGUACCACAUGCUCCGAACCGCUGCCAUCAAGAUCGUUCGACACCUCGGUGUGGUCGGUGAGUGUAAUGUGCAAUACGCUUUGCAAGCCGAUGGUCUAGACUACAGGGUUAUCGAAGUCAAUGCUCGUCUUUCUCGAUCCUCCGCCCUGGCUUCGAAAGCCACCGGCUACCCGCUUGCCUACACUGCGGCCAAGAUCGGCCUCGGCCACACGCUACCUGAAUUGCCCAAUGCUGUGACCAAGACGACCACGGCCAACUUCGAGCCCAGCUUGGACUAUAUCGUUACCAAAAUUCCGCGAUGGGACUUGUCCAAGUUCCAGCACGUCAAGCGUGACAUUGGUAGCGCUAUGAAGUCAGUCGGUGAGGUUAUGGCCAUUGGGCGAACAUUCGAGGAGUCCUUCCAGAAAGCUAUCCGACAGGUCGAUCCACGAUAUGUUGGUUUCCAGGGGGAUAAAUUCGAUGAUCUGGAUGACGUUCUGAAAAAUCCGACCGACAGACGAUGGCUCGCCGUUGGGCAGGCUAUGAUCCACGAAGGCUACACAGUCGAACGUCUGCACGAGCUGACCAAGAUUGACAAGUGGUUCUUGCACAAGCUCCAGAAUCUGAAGAACACCAUCGAUGAGCUACAAGAGAUUGGCUCACUAUUUGGCAUUAAGGAAGAGCUAAUGCUCCGAGCCAAGAAGCAGGGUUUCUCUGAUAAGCAGAUUGCCAUGUAUACUGGGUCUACCGAGAACGAUGUUCGUGCCCGACGACAACGGUUCAACAUCCGACCAUGGGUCAAGAAAAUUGACACUUUGGCUGCUGAAUUCCCUGCUGACACCAACUACCUCUACACUACUUACAAUGCCUCUUCUCAUGAUGUUACCUUCGACGAUCAUGGCACAAUCAUCCUUGGCUCCGGCGUCUAUCGUAUCGGAUCUUCGGUAGAAUUCGACUGGUGUGCCGUCAACGCCACGUUGUCGUUGAAGAAUAUGGGCAAGAAGACUGUGAUGAUUAACUACAACCCAGAGACCUAUUCCACUGAUUUCGAUACUGCAGACAAGCUCUACUUUGAGGAGUUGUCGUACGAACGAGUGUUGGAUAUCUACGAGCUCGAGGCAGCUUCGGGAGUCGUGGUCAGUGUGGGCGGCCAACUUCCCCAGAACAUUGCUCUGCGAUUGCAAGAGGAAGGUAAGGCCCGUAUUCUAGGUACCGACCCCAAGGACAUCGACAAGGCCGAGGAUCGUCACAAGUUUUCACAGAUUCUGGAUUCAAUCGGUGUUGAUCAACCUGCCUGGAGGGAGCUUACUUCGGUAUCAGAGGCUUACAAGUUCGCCGAGGAAGUGAGCUACCCUGUUCUUGUCCGGCCAUCUUACGUCCUCUCUGGUGCUGCUAUGUCUGUGAUUCACUCCAAGGACGAAUUGAAAGACAAGCUCGAAUCAGCUUCAGCUGUUUCCCCCGAUCAUCCGGUUGUCAUCACCAAGUUCAUCGAAGGCGCCCAGGAAAUUGAUGUCGAUGCCGUGGCUUCUGCCGGUAAGCUCAUCCUGCAUGCCGUGUCAGAGCAUGUCGAGCCAGCUGGUGUGCAUUCGGGCGAUGCCACGCUUGUCUUGCCUCCCGCAAAUCUUGACCAGGAGAUCCAACAGCGUGUCAAGGAAAUCGCAGAAAAGGUUGCUAAGGCCUGGAACAUCACUGGUCCUUUCAACAUGCAGAUCAUCAAGGCUGAUGCUCCUGAUGGCGGGGAGCCAGCGUUGAAAGUGAUAGAAUGCAAUCUUCGAGCCUCACGAUCGUUCCCCUUCGUCAGCAAAGUCCUCGGCACCAACUUCAUCGACGCUGCUACCAAGGCUCUGGUCAACACCGACGUCCCCGCUCCUCGAGACCUUAUGAUCGAGAAGCGUGACUACCUCGCCACGAAAGUACCUCAGUUCUCUUGGACCCGACUCGCAGGCGCCGACCCCUUCUUGGGCGUAGAAAUGUCCAGCACUGGCGAAAUUGCUUGCUUUGGCAAAGAUCUUGUUGAAGCAUACUGGGCCUCGAUGCAGUCGACCAUGAAUUUCCGUCUUCCAGAACCCGGCGAGGGUAUACUGUUGGGGGGCUCUACAGAGCUACCUGAGCUGCCAAAGAUUGUCGACUACCUCGAGCCCCUUGGUUAUAGCUUCUUCGCUGCGAAUGAGGAGCUUGCCGCACAUCUGAGGCAAAAUUCUGCAAAGAAAGUCAACGUGGAGGUUCUCGAAUUCCCCAAGACGGACAAGAACAAGCUUCGCAAGGUGUUUGAGAAAUCCAACAUCAAGGGCGUGUUCAACAUCGCCAAGCAACGUGGGCGGACGCUGUUGGAUGAAGACUAUGUCAUGAGACGAAAUGCCGUUGAUUUUGGCGUGCCCUUGUUUAUGGAGGCUAAGACGGCUCUACUCUUCGCCCAAUGCAUGAAUGAGAAGCUACCUCGGACAGAAGGCAUUCCUCCGGAAGUGCAGAGCUGGAGCCAGUUUGCCGGUGGGAAGAUGAUGUAA